AAUGUAAACACUCGUAUGGCACGUCGACUACGUGAUGACAUCAUCUUUCAGACACGUCAUCUAUCAGCGACACACCGAGGCCAGUGGGAGGGAAUUGUUUGUACCAUUGACUUAAAAAUGGCACCGUCACCUACGAAACGGAAAGAGCGGUCAGAGGAUAAAACCAAAGAGCGAGGCAAAGAGAAGUCCGGAACCAAGGAAGGAACAGAGAAAGACCGUGGCCGAGACAAGACUCGCAAACGUCGCAGUGCAUCCACAGGAAGUAGCAGCAGCAGGUCUCGUUCCAGCUCGUCUUCCAGUAGCAGCUCCGGUUCUAGCUCUGGUUCCUCCAGUGGAUCCAGCUCCUCAUCCGGUUCCAGCCGCUCCGGUUCCUCUUCCCGCUCCUCCUCCUCUUCCUCCUCUUCAUCGGGGUCUCCUAGUCCCAGCCGCAGACGGCAUGAUAACCGACGCAGGUCCCGCUCAAAGUCACAGAAAAGAGGGGAGGAGAAGGAGAGAAAGAAGAGAUCUCCCAGCCCCAAACCCACCAAAAUUCAUGUCGGACGACUCACUCGCAAUGUUACCAAGGACCACAUUCAGGAGAUUUUCGCGACUUAUGGGAAGAUAAAGAUGGUGGACAUGCCUACGGACAGAUUCCACCCCCAUCAGUCGCGAGGCUACGCCUACGUAGAGUACGAAACGCCAGAAGAGGCGCAGAAAGCCCUCAAGUACAUGGAUGGAGGUCAGAUUGAUGGACAGGAGAUCACCGCCAUUGCCAUAUUGACCCAGCGUACUCGCCCUGCCCCGCGACGCGCCUCGCCCCCACGCAGAAUGCCCCCGCCCCCACCGAUGUGGCGACGCACCCCUCCCCGCAUGAGGCGAAGGUCUCGGUCACCACGGCGACGGUCACCUGUUCGCCGGCGUUCCCGCUCCAGAUCUCCGGGCCGCAGGCGACAUCGCUCGCGUUCCAGCUCCAACUCCUCCCGAUAGAGAGUGGCACGCGUCCGUCCCCUCUGGUCGCUGUGUUUCGAGCUGCAUUGCCCGAUUCUCUGCCCCGCAGUCGCCGUCUCUGAUGCCUCAGAGCCUAAAGUAGUCACUGUCAACGUUAUUUUAUGAUUUUUAUUUUUUAAUUAAAGGUGAAAGAAGUCAAUGUCAUGGUGAAAUCACUUUUGUCUCUCUAACAAUAGGUGCAUACUGGAUUCACAGUACUGUCUUGUUCUAGAAACUAUUUAGAUCAGAUGGGAAAUAAUUUUGCUACACACUGACUUUUGUACUUGAGUUUUGUCAAUUAAACUUAUAAAAUUACCUUUAA